AUGGUCGAAAGCAAACCCAUCAACUUCCUCGUAGCAGGGGCCCAGCUACUCUGCGCCAUCAUCGUUAUGGGCUUAGACGGCUACGCGAUUCACGUGUAUCGCGGCCACGAAGACGAGGUGGACUCCCCGGUCUAUGACGGCGACGCCGAGCUGUACGCCGGCGUCCCGUCGUCGUGGGGCUUCCUGAUGUUCUGCGCCGCCUGGACGUUCGUAGUGGUCAUCUUCCGCUUCUUCGAGCCUGGCCUCGCUAGCCGCCCGCUGGUCGGCUACUUGGGCAUCUUCUUCGAGGGCGUGGCCGUGCUCUCGUGGUUCGCCGGCUUCAUCGCCGUCGCCGUCAAUGUGGGCUCGAGCAACUCCUGCACCUCUGGCCACAACUCGUGCGCCGAGGUCAAGGCGGCAACCGCCUUUGGCGCGUUCGAGUGGCUGCUCUUCAUGAUCACCGCCGCCGCAGCUGCCAUGUCCUUCUCCCACAACCGGAAGUAG